AUGGCGAUCGUACACCAACGUAUACCUGCAAGGGUGAUAACAACAGUGAAGAAAUGUGGGAGCGGUUUGGAGACCGGAAUGAGACAACAUGUUAAACUUGGCGAAUUAUUUUUUGAUCGAUAUGUUGAUGAGCUGAAAUUUUUAAAUGCUAAAUAUAACUCUAAAGAGAUCUAUGUACGUUCUACUGACCUGAAUCGAACUUUACUUAGCGCAGUGUCUAAUAUGAUUGGCAUGUAUUAUAACCGUAGUAAUGCAGUGGCUGAUAAUGACUAUCCGACUAAUGACCGUUGGCCAGGAGCUUUUGUACCAAUUGCAGUUCACACAGUUGACGAUUUUACUGACUAUGUGGCGAAUCCAGACAGCCGAUGUCCGAGACAAGACUGGCUUUGGGAACAAGCGGAAAAAACCACAGAUAUGCUUAAGUUACGAAAUGAAACAAAAAGAAUUUACAAUAUGACAAUACCAGUAACGGAUGAACAAUUCGAAAAGAUGACAUACUAUAAUAACUUAGUUGAAGAUAAACAAAAUGGAAUAAAUAUUACUGAAUAUGAAGGCAUUAAUUUCCGGCAUGAACUUGGAAAAAUUCGUGGUGGCGGACUCUUAUGGGAAAUGAUUAAACAUAAUGACUUAAAACAUGAUACUACUGUCGCCGCACUGUUGGCCGUGGUUGGAGCAAAAGAAGAAGUGAUACUGUUUCAUCGAAAUUUCUCUACAGAAUUUGAAGACAUUACUGUGUGGGCUAACGGAUGUGAUGGUUAUAGUUGUUGCCCAUUUAAAGUUUUUCGAGAGUUCUCCAAGCCUUACUACCCCAGCAAUAAUGAAGAGAAACUUUGUGACGACAUCACUUCAAAAUCAACAUUUUUCGACCCUGACACGGAAGACUCACAUUCGUCAACAACCUCAAGACCACCUGUGACAGAAGACCCACAUUCAACAGCAACCCGAAGACCACCUGUGACAAAUGGCAUAUCCAAGACAGCUAUCUCGUACGAUAUGUGGUCACUGUCUUUUACAGUAUUAUUUGCACUUUCGGUAUUUGUUGUUGGAACCGAUAUCGUAUUACUUCAAACGGUUUGGAGACAUGGCGAUAGGACCCCAACAUGGACAUGUAAGGGAGACCCAAAUAAAGAAGAUUUCUGGGAAAGAUUUGGUGGUUAUGGGGAAUUAACUCCGUCUGGAAUGAAUCAACAUGUUCGCCUGGGAGAACUAAUCUACGAAACGUAUGCUCUUACUGAAAAGUUUUUAUCAAAGAAGUACGAUCCUCGAGAGAUUUAUGUAAGAUCAACCGAUUUAAAUCGAACAAUGAUUAGUGCAAUCUCAAAUAUGAUUGGAAUGUACUACAACCGCGGUAAUGCUGAAGCAGAAAACGAUUAUCCUACUGGAGUCAGAUGGCCUUCUGAAUACGUGCCAGUACCUAUACAUACAGUUCGGAACAAAGAUGACCACACUGUAAAUCCAGAUGCCGUUUGCCCACGACAAUCGUGGUUAUGGUCUCGAGUAAAAAAAACUAUUGAGUGGCAAACUCUUGUACGACAAAACAGUUACAUUUACAAUUUAACUCCACCAAUUAGUAAACAAACUUACAAGGAUAUUGUUACUCUCAACAACAAGGUAGAAGACAUGCAAAACGGAAUCGGUAUUAAACCGUAUAACGGAACUGAUUUUCGAAUUGAAAUUGGUAAAGUUCGAAGCGGAGUUUUCAUUUGGGAUCUGAUAAAUCAUAUGGAUUUAAAGCAUGAUACGACAAUUGGAGCAUUUUUGGCUGCAUUAGGAGCUAAAGAAAAAAUUAUUACUGCUGGAGGCUAUCCCGAAUACUCUUCGGCAGUUGUUGUUGAACUUCAUAAAAACAACAUUACGGAACCGUGCGUGAAGUUUCAAUUCCACCGCGAUUUCAGUUCUAAAUUUGAAGAUGUUACAAAAUUUGUUACAGGCUGCGAAAAUAAAGAUUGCUGCCCAUAUUCAACGUUUAGAGAAGAGUAUAAGAAAUUUUAUCCAUCAGACAAUGUAGUUUCGCUGUGUCAGGAUGUAAAGUCACCCAGUACAUCGUUUGAUCCAGACGCUAAUGGCGUUACAAAAAAACCGCAUACACAUCAGUUCCGUUUUGAACGAUACGAUGAGAUAACGGCCCAUUGA